UGGGCCGUCGCUGCCGUUCUACUGGGACUCACUAGCUACAGGAUCCACACAACGGAAAGCAUCCGCCGCCACAGCUUUUAUGAACCCAUCAUCGUUGAACUACUUGCUUCUGCUUGUCUCACUAUCGUUUGGACACCUAUCGCUGGCACCCUCGUUCUUAGUGAAUACAGUACAUCGCAUAGGAGCAGUAGUUUCCGGACAGAGAUGCUCGGAUCCUUCGCCUUAUGGGUGAUAUGGUUGGUUGGCGCCGUCGACACGACAAACCGAAUCAUCCCUGGAGAGAACUAUUGCCGUCGUGGAAAGCAGUGCCGGAUCUUGACCACAAUUCUCGCAUUUUCUUGGAUUGGGUGGUCUUUCUUGACCAUCAUCGGCGCCCUGGGCUUGAUGUAUUAUGCGCAUAGUUCUGGACAGCAAGCGCCAAUUCGAGAUCGUGAGAAGGCUGCGGAGGCCGCUGGUCCUUCAUAA